GACAGCCCAGAGUUGGUCAGCCAAAAGGGAGCUGCGGAGAACCGCCUCCCAUCUGGCCGAGUUAUUAUCGAUGAUAGAACGUGACCGGGUACACCGCCAGAGUAUAUGUUCUAACGUGGCUAUUUCUCGGCAAUCGCGGCAAGCACCAUCGGUCUACACGUUCGAGGGAAUGACAGUUGGAGCACUGCUCAUAUUUUUGGGUCUCCUUGGACCGUCGAUGGGAUACAAACCUGAAGGAACACGUCUUCAUCAAUGCUACGACAAGGAGAGAGGAGUGAUGCCGUCUGGGUACAACGAGACAACGAUCACUGAAAUAGAGACGGAAUGCAUUUACUGGUGCAAAUCACGUGCUAAUGAUGGAAUUUGGUAUUAUGGACACAUAACUGAUGGCGCAGAGUGUAAAAAACGCAAAAGGCAGGGACGAUGCAGACAGGGCUAUUGCAUUACCGGUGAACAUUCGAGCACCACACCUGAUGAUGCCGGCACUCAUGAACUCACAACGCCACAGAACACCGUCAAGAUCACCUCGUUGGAAACUCCAUCUAGUACACUGACCUCUCUUGAAUAAAAAGCCCAGUCUGGAUGACAUAUCCGCUGAGCUAACGAUAAAUGAAAUGAAUUAAAAUAA